CCGCCCGCUUCGCCUGCCCGCCCGCCCGCCGCCAACCCCCCGCCUCGGGGGCGGCUGCCCCCGGUGGAGCCUCCAUCUGCAGCCCGGCGGCGGGAGCGGGAACAUGGCGGACCUGGAGGCGGUGCUGGCCGAUGUCAGCUACCUGAUGGCGAUGGAGAAGAGCAAGAGCACUCCGGCGGCCAGGGCCAGCAAGAAGAUCACCCUGCCCGAGCCCAGCAUCCGCAGCGUCAUGCAGAAGUACCUCGAGGAGAGAGGGGAAUUAACCUUUGACAAGAUCUUUCACCAGAAGAUUGGAUUUUUGCUCUUCAAAGACUACUGCAUGAAUGAGAUUGAUGAGGCUGUCCCUCAGCUGAAGUUCUAUGAAGAGAUAAAGGAAUACGAGAAGCUGGACUCGGAGGAGGAGCGCCUGAGCCGCAGCAGGCAGAUUUAUGACACCUACAUAAUGAAGGAGCUGCUGUCCUGUUCUCAUCCUUUCUCCAAACAAGCUGUAGAUCAUGUACAAAAGCAUUUAGCCAAGAAACAAGUGCCAGCCAGCCUUUUUCAGCCAUAUAUAGAAGAAAUCUGUGAUAGUCUGAGGGGAAAAAUAUUCCAGAAGUUUAUGGAAAGCGACAAGUUCACCAGAUUCUGUCAAUGGAAGAACGUAGAGCUAAAUAUUCAUCUGACCAUGAAUGAUUUUAGUGUACAUAGAAUAAUAGGAAGAGGAGGAUUUGGUGAAGUUUAUGGCUGCAGGAAAGCAGACACUGGGAAAAUGUAUGCAAUGAAAUGUUUAGAUAAGAAGAGAAUCAAGAUGAAGCAAGGAGAAACAUUAGCCUUAAAUGAAAGAAUUAUGCUGUCCCUUGUCAGCACAGGGGACUGUCCUUUUAUAGUGUGUAUGACCUAUGCCUUCCACACCCCUGACAAGCUCUGCUUCAUUCUGGACCUGAUGAAUGGAGGAGAUUUGCACUACCACCUCUCCCAGCAUGGAGUGUUUUCUGAGAAAGAAAUGAGGUUUUAUGCUACUGAGAUCAUCCUGGGCUUGGAACACAUGCACAACCGCUUCGUGGUCUACAGAGACCUGAAGCCUGCAAAUAUCUUGCUGGAUGAACAUGGGCACGUGAGGAUAUCAGACCUUGGGCUGGCUUGUGAUUUCUCCAAGAAGAAGCCACAUGCCAGUGUAGGUACCCACGGCUACAUGGCUCCCGAGGUGCUGCAGAAGGGGACGGCGUACGACAGCAGCGCGGAUUGGUUCUCCCUGGGCUGCAUGCUUUUCAAACUCCUCAGAGGCCACAGUCCUUUCAGACAGCACAAAACCAAAGAUAAGCACGAGAUCGACCGGAUGACGCUCACCGUGAAUGUGGAGCUCCCAGAUUCCUUUUCUCCUGAGCUGAAGUCCCUUUUGGAAGGGCUCCUGCAGAGGGAUGUUAGCAAGAGGCUUGGAUGCCAAGGGAGAAGUGCACAAGAAGUCAAAGAACAUCCCUUCUUCAAGGGCAUUGAUUGGCAGCAAGUCUAUUUACAAAAGUAUCCUCCACCAUUGAUUCCUCCCCGGGGAGAAGUCAAUGCAGCAGAUGCCUUUGAUAUUGGGUCGUUUGAUGAAGAGGACACUAAAGGCAUUAAGUUGCUUGAUAGUGACCAGGAGUUGUAUAAGAACUUCCCUCUGGUAAUAUCGGAGCGUUGGCAGCAAGAAGUAGCAGAAACUGUUUAUGAUGCAGUAAAUGCAGACACAGAUAAAGUUGAGGCCAGAAAAAGGGCUAAAAAUAAGCAGCUGGGCCACGAGGAAGAUUAUGCCCUUGGGAAGGACUGCAUCAUGCAUGGGUACAUGCUGAAGCUGGGCAACCCCUUCCUGACUCAGUGGCAGCGGCGUUACUUUUACCUCUUCCCAAACCGACUGGAGUGGCGAGGAGAAGGAGAGUCCCGGGACCUCUGGACUGUUUAUACAAAAAAACAUAAGCUGCAAAACCUGCUGACCAUGGAACAGAUCGUGUCUGUGGAGGAAACUCAAAUUAAAGACAAGAAGUGCAUCUUGCUGAGGAUCAAAGGAGGGAAGCAGUUUGUCCUGCAGUGUGAGAGUGACCCAGAAUUCAUCCAGUGGAAGAAGGAGCUGACAGAAGCUUUCACUGAGGCACAGAGGUUGCUGCGCCGGGCUCCAAAGUUCCUCAAUAAAUCUCGCUCCACAGUUGUGGAGCUUUCCAAACCACCCCUCAGCCACAGGAACAGCAAUGGGCUGUAGGAGAAGCAGGAGACCAAGUUCACUUAGGGGGGAAAACAAACAAACAAACAAGCUUCUUGGUGAACAUGCUGAGUUUCACAGCAUCCUUAUGAGUUACUUUGUGCAAUCCUGGACGCGGGAUCUGCUUAGGAGAGGAAGAAUUAGAUGUUUACAGCAUGGGAUCAUGUCAGAACUCUGUCUCUGGAGGUUGUGAAGGCUGGGAUCAUGUCAGAACUCUGUGUCUGGAGGUUGUGAAGGCUGGCACAGUGGCAGGUGAAUCAUGCUCCUGGCAGUGGUGGAGAUGACCGAGCGUGGAGGCUGCGUGUUGCUCCCACUCACCCCCCGCACCCUGGUGGUGUCCGACUCGUGGUCCACGGCUCUGGAACUACUGAUGGAAGGAAAACGCUGGGCCUGCAAUACCCUUGCCUGGAGGCUGGACUGGUUUCUGCUGGCUGGGAUUCCCCUGGCAUGUGGGAUACCAACAGAGAGCCCUGGGCAGUGGAAGGAGCUGCAGAGCUGCCCUGUUGGCUACCCUUUAACCCGUCGUGUUGCCGUGUCCUUUCCAACCAUUACUGCUGACUCGAUGAUGCCCUUCCUCCAUCCUGCUGAUGACCAACAGUGUGUGACUCUCUUAUGCACUUCAAAGUACUGAAUUCUAACUGUCCUGUGGUUUAAAUGUUACUGCUACUUCAUGGAAGCAUUGAACUGAGGUUAUUCCCUGGGGUUGUUGUACUCCCUGAUAGUAGCUGCCGCCGGUUUUGCUCCUUCUCUCCGUGUUAUGCAGUCCUGUAACUGACACCAUAGAGUCCUGGCUGGUGAAGAGGAAUUGCUGGUAGCUUCAUCUUUAGUGCUCUCUUGUGUCAAUCCCAACUCUUUUAGCACAGGUUUGUAAAGAGCAAGAUUCCUUUUGACAAGUUUACAGCCAACUUUCCUCCCCCUCCCCCACCCC